AUGGCCCGCUUGUAUGUUGGCAACUUGGAUGCCCGGGUGACUGCUGGGGAACUUGAAGACGAGUUCCGUGUGUUUGGAGUUUUGCGAAGUGUCUGGGUUGCACGUAAGCCACCUGGUUUUGCGUUUAUCGAUUUUGAUGACAAGCGGGAUGCUGAGGAUGCACUUCGUGAUCUAGAUGGCAAGAAUGGAUGGAGGGUUGAGCUGUCUCGCAAUGACCGUGGUGACCGUGGAGGUCGUGGUGGUGGUGGUGGUGGCGGCGGCGGCGGUCGUGAUCGUGGUGGGUCUGAUAUGAAAUGCUAUGAAUGUGGUGAAUCUGGGCAUUUUGCUCGUGAAUGUCGUCUGCGUAUUGGUUCUGGUGGUCUGGGCAGUGGAAGGCGUCGCAGCAGGAGCUGCAGUCGCAGCCGCAGUCCUAGGUACCGUAGGAGUCCGAGCUAUGGCAGAAGAAGUUACAGCCCUCGUGAUCGCUCUCCAAGACGCCGCAGUGCUUCUCCAGCCCCAGCCCGUGGUCGCAGCUAUAGCAAGUCACCGGUCCGUGCCAGGGAUGAUUCUCCUGAUGCUAAAGGGUAUCGCCGCAGCCGGAGUUAG